UUUAUUUCUAAGAAAAUGCUAUUUAUCAUGUUUUGACUGAAUUUUUUUUUAACAUGAUUAAAUCCAAGAAAAUCAAAGUUCGCAGAUAAGCAUUUUUUCUAAAGUUUUCAAAUGAGCCCUAAAACAUGGACUCAUAUCUGCGUUAGAUAUAUAAUCAGAGUUUCGCGAAACACAAAAAUAGAACUCCGUCCAAUAUCACUCGACCACAAGGUCUUGCUCAAUGCUCUUUAUCUUUAAGACCAAUUAUUUCAUUUGAUUUCAACAGGAGGUAUAAGUUAACAAAUAAAAACAUAAAAUUCGGUUCAAAUUCAACUAGUAUUUCAUUAUGUACAAGUAAUAUUUAUUAUUUCAUCCUUGAUAACAUUUUUUUUCCUUGAUAACAUUUACAUAAAUAACCUAAGCAAUAUGUAUAUUUAUUUGUCUAGUUAUAAAAUCACAUUAAUCGAAAAGAUGAGGUAAUUUGCAAAAACUCGUUUAAAAUUACAAAUUUAGUAAUUGGUUCAAACACGAGGCAAGAAGAUCGAUCACCACACUUAUUUAAAAUCAUUCCAGAUUAGCUGACCUGUACUCCCCGCAGGUAAAAACACACCUCAUCUAACUAAGAUCUCAUCCGUCCAUCGCAACCAAAAGAAACUCAUCCUCACCGUUGAUUCACCUUUCUUCCACUCGAAGUUACCAAAAAUAACCUUACUCGUCAUUGUCACGAGACUCCAUGGACGGAAAAAAAAAACAUAACCUUUUAGGGUUUCAAAAAAAAUAUCCAGAGGGAAAAACAAAGACCAAUUCUCUCUCUCUCUCUCUACUCUCUCCUUCUUCUCUUCCCUUUCCACGAUUCUGUUAGAGAUAGAGAGAGAAGAGGCGAUAUUAAUAUUAUUAUUAUUAUUAGCUUAAAAGAAGAAAAUCGUAUUUUCCUGGGAAAAUUUCAACUUUCUCCUCUUCCUGGUGAUUGAAAAGAAUUCGAUUCAGCUGGUGAAAUCCCCAAUUCCUAAUUUUCAAAUCUCUCUUAGGGAUUUGGUUCGAUAACGUUGUGGUGAAACUCUUACUAUGUUUAUCUGAAAUUGGAUAAUACAAGCUAUAUGGAUUUAGUAAGAUGUUGCGAUUGUGGAUGCGAUUGCUCUCUCAACGCUUCGUGGAUUCGAUCCGUCAAGAGAAAACACGACGAGCUCGAGAGCUACAAACCUGAGCUUGACUUGGACUCGUCUUCUUCAAACGCGAAAGUCCAAAUCGAGAACGAAUGCGAGCUACUCCGCGAAACCGUCACCUCUCAGCAGGAAUCGAUUCAGGAGCUCUACGCCGAGCUCGACGAGGAGCGUAACGCGGCCUCCACGGCUGCGAACGAGGCGAUGUCCAUGAUACUGAAGCUGCAGAGGGACAAGGCUGAGAUCCAGAUGGAGCUGAGGCAGUUUAAGCGGUUUGCUGAGGAGAAGAUGGAGCAUGAUCAGCAGGAGCUUUUGGCUCUUGAGGAUUUGGUUUAUAAGAGGGAGCAGACGAUUCAGGCGCUGGCUUGUGAGGCUCAGGGUUAUAAGCAUAGGAUGAUGAGUUAUGGGGUUGAUGAGUCUGAGUUUGAUGGGGAGAGGAAUGAGUUUGAGUAUGAGCUUCCUGGUUAUGAUUAUCCUCCUCUUAAGUGUAGUUUGAAUGAGAAUCCAGAUCUGGAGGCUGAUGUUGAGGAUGUUGAAAAGUAUGCACUGACUGAUUCUUCACCUCAUGGUAGAGAAGAUUUGAAGAGUUUGGAACAGAGGAUAAGUCAGAUGGAAAGCGGUGAUGUAUCCGGAGGAGGGAGAACUUAUUUGGAGAAGGAGGUGGUUGGUCAGAGUCCUAGUUCAAGUAGGGAUCAAGGGCCUGACUUGUCAGAAACAGGAGAUAAUGAGAUGGAUGAUAGAGUCUAUACCAUUGAUUCUAUCCAUCACAGUGUAUCUCAGAGUGAUGUUUCUGAGCAGAAGUUUAAGGAUGAUGGCUAUGGAGAGAAAUUGAAUCAGCCUGAUGAUCAUAGUGAUCCUGGGAUAACGAAGCUCUACGCGAGGCUUCAAGCGCUAGAGGCUGACAGGGAAUCGAUGAGACAGGCGAUUGUGUCUAUGAGGACUGAGAAAGCUCAGAUGGUUCUUUUGAAAGAAAUUGCGCAACAUCUAUCGAAGGAUAUGGUUCCUGAACGGAGAUUGCCUCUGCAGAAAGCGUCUGCUGUUGGAGCAUUCAGUUUUAUAUCUCUCUUUAAGUGGAUUACAUCUUUUCUUUUCUGGAGAAAGAGGGCUCGUCGAAGCAAGUACAUGAACGGGAUGCAAGGGAGCAAGAUGGGGUUGCAAAUGCUUCUAGAAACGACUCCACGGAUACGGCAAUGGAGAUGUCUUUCAAGAACGCAAGUGUGAAACAUAUCCACUUUCUCCAACUCGGUGAAUCAGAAGCGCUUAAUGUGAAUAUACUGGGAGUAACAUCACUCUCCAUCUUCAUUCAUAUGGUUGCUGAGAAAAAAUGUUUUCUCGUGUGCAGUUUUUCUUUUGGAUUUGCCAUAUUUCAUUUGUUAUUUGGGGGUUUGAAAUGCAUAAUGUCUUGAAAUGGGGUUUGAUUAUUGUCUAAAAGCAUGUCUUUUUUAUACAGUAAGCUGUGUAUAAUUUUCCCACAUUCUU